AAUCUUUCGCGAUCGUGUCUGGAGUUUCUUUCUCGUUUAUGUGUGUAAUUUGAGGCAACAAAAGGAAGAGAGAAAAUUCCAAAUUACUUUUGUCAUACAUUCCCCAUUUUCAUAGAAACAAUAAUAAGAAACAAAAAUCAAAAUUCCAAAAUAUCCACAAAGUGACAACAAGUGUCCCUUGUUUAUUUUUCUCCACUUGCACAAAUUUUACCCCUAUUUUGCAAAAAUAAAUUUUUUUUGCUAAAAUAAUUUUUUGUUAAAUCACUAUAGUAUGGUACAAAUGAAAGAGAAUCAAUUUUUACCAAAAAAUAUAGAAUACAUUUUUUUAAUUAUAAUUAAUGAUUAUAAUUGAUUAUAAUUUUGAGUGGUUUAUGAUUUUGAUUUAAAUUUCGAAUUUUUGAUAAAAGAAAAGUUUAGGGGGAAAAAUAGAAGAAAAGAUGUGACUUUUGACCGGUGUGGAAAAAUGUAAACCCUUAAAAUUCGGGGGAUGAGGUUAGGUGGAAAAAAAGCUCGAAAGCUUCGAGGGUUGUGGCGCUGUUGAGCUUUAGCGUUUACUGCGCGCAAAGUCGGUGACAGAGAGGGAGAGACACGCCAGUCUUCGGGCAACCGUUAUUGUAAAGUGAAUGUACGCCAGUUCUCGAGAGUCGUUUGAACCGCGUGGUUCGAAGUGUCAAACGGAUGCUCACCAAACAAAACUUCAAUGUCAAUACUGACACCUGCGCAUCUACUAUUAAUAAUUAAUAAUAAUAAUAAAAAUUCUCAACUGUGAUUCAUAAAUAAUUUAAGGAAAAAGAAAGUGAUGAUAGAAAAAAAGGAAUUCUAUAAAAAAUUGUGAGAAAAUGUAUAGCGUUUUUAAUAUCCUAAAAUCAGCAGUCAGCGGAUUUUAUCGGGAGGACUAUUAUUUUGAGAGGAAAUAAUAAUAAAAAAGUGGAAGAUGACCGAAUUGGCGAAGGAGGCAUUUGCCUCACGUAAUUAUGGAUUGGCUGUUGAAAUUUAUGAGCGAUGCCUUAAGCAGCAGACGCCGAAUUUUGAAAUUCUCUUUGGCUAUGGUGAUUCAUUGGCGAAAUGUGGAAGAAUAAGGGAUUCAAUUGAUGUUUACGCGAGAUGUUUGGCAUUGGGUAAUGUGCCAGUGGAGAGGCUGAGACAUCUUGUUGGUGCAUUGAUGGAAGAUCUGAGUGGGAAUUGCAUGGGAUUGAGGCGAAGAAUAAAUGAUUCUUUUGCCUGUGGAUAUUGUGAGGGGACCUUGUUUCAGCCGGUCACGGUUAAUUGUGGUCAUACAUUCUGUAGAAAUUGCCUCGAACCCGCCAAGAAUUGUCGCGUGUGCGGACAGAAACUCGAUGCAGUGGGGGAAACAAAUGUGCUUGUGCAAAGGCUUGUUGAAAAGUGGUGGCCAAGGGAGGCAGAAGCAAGCAGGGCAAGACACGAGGGUGACCUUCUCUUAAAGGAGGGUCACAUCGGUCAAGCACUGGAGAGAUACAAUCUCGCUGUCCACCUUGCACCUAACAGUCCAUUGCAUCUUAGCAACAGGGCCCAUGCCUUAUUUUUGCUGAAUAGGCCGCAAGCUUCUCUCACCGAUGCUGAUCAUGCAGUUCGUUUAAGACCAGACUGGGGCAAGGGACAUUAUAGACGAGGAUUAGCUCUAUCAGCUUUAGGAAGGCAUGAAGAAGCGGUUUUUGCUCUUUGUACAAGUGUAGCCAUUGAUAAAAAUUCUCAAAAUGUUCGCCACGAACUCACCAGGGCAUUACAUCGUGCACUGUCGCCAAAUCUUCGAAGGAAUAAUAACGCUUUUAUUUUAACUCCAUACAAUUUAGUUGAGGCAGCAAUUCGCACAAAAAGAAAUCGUCAUCAUUUACUGUUGCCUUUAAUAAAUUCAAAUCAAAGGCAUCGAAGAGCAACGCUUAAUACCUCAGAUUGUGAAGACAAUAGCAGUGGAGGGGAGGAGGAAUUCACCCAGAUGAUCUGUAGGACACCUUUGUCGAACAUGAUGCCACAGGAUAGUGCCAAAUUGCAUACAUCCAUAAACAGGGUAUACCAAGAAAUCGAGAAACUGAAAAGAAUGGAAUUGAGACCUGCGGAAAUUCUUCUACCUCCUCUAUCUGGUGGAACAACCGGUGAAUUGGACUGCAUUCUCUGCUGCAGACUUUUAUGGAAACCUGUCACGACAUCAUGCGGACACACUUACUGUUGGAUGUGUUUAGACCGUUGCCUAGAUUAUUCCUCCUCUUGCCCUCUUUGUAUCACUUCUCUCUCUGACUAUCUGGCGACUAGCCAAAAGACUGUAACUGACUUUGUGGAGAGAGCUUUGAAGAUUGUGGCGCCGAAGGAGUACAGCACGAGGGCGGCGAGUCAUCGACACGAGUUAGUUCAAGGCCUCGGUCUUCUUGGUAGUGAGGAGAUUGCCGUUUUUAUCUGCACAACAUCAUUCCCAUGCGUUGCCUGUCCCCUUUUUGUAUACGAACCGAGGUACAGACUGAUGGUGAGACGAUGCGUCGAGAGUGGUGUUCGACAAUUUGGCAUCUCGGCGUGUCUCAAUAGAGAAGCAACUGGUGCCAAACGAUAUGCUGAAUUUGGGACCAUGCUAGAAAUCAGGGACCGAGUCCUAUUGAAAGACGGAUGUAGUAUUUUAAGCACAGUGGGUGGUAGACGAUUUAGGGUCCUGUCCGGAGGAGAGAAGGACGGUUACGAUACAGCCCAAGUGGAAUUUAUCAGGGACUCGCCGGUCCAGCCUGAUCAAGUGCUCAAUCUUCUGGAACUUCACGAUAAGGUUCAAACGAAAAGUAGAAGAUGGUGGGACACGGUGCCAUUGAGUCAACAAUCGGAGAUCCAACGAGUUUUUGGAAGAAUGCCAGAGACGGAAGAAGAUUGGCUGUGCCUACCGGAUGGACCAUCCUGGUCCUGGUGGUUAUUAGCCAUUCUGCCAUUAGGACCCCAAUUACAAGUUGGAAUACUUGGUACGACGAGUCUUGAGAAACGAUUGAGGGCAAUUGAAAAAACUCUCGAUCAUAUGGAACAGAGACAAUUCACAGUGACUCCGGCAACAUCCGAAGAAACAACAACAUCCACCAGUAUCUGCAGAGAUGACGAUGAUGAUUCAAUUAAUCAAAAUCCCAUCUCAAUGGUUCAACAGUCCUAGGAUUGGCCUAUAAUACGAUCUUCUUCGUUAUUUUCUAUAUUAAUAUCUCAAAACAAUUUUCCUCAACAAAGUCUGAUCAAUCUUUUAUAAGUAAAAAUGCACACAUUUCACAUUUAUAUCUUCCUUAUUCUCUUUAAUAAUUUCUUCUCUAUAAAAAAAACUAUUGAAACUAUAAAAAACUUGGCAUUAAAAGCGCUUAUGAAUUUCCUCUUUUGAAUAAUUUUCGAAAUACAAUUUCUAUUUCAAUAAUAUUCAUAAUAUUCAUAAUUUAUAAUUGUAUAUGUGUCCGAACACUGGGGGAGACAAUAGUAGACGCCAAACAGAACCAAUGAAGCUCACAAGAAAAAUUAGUGUUCAAUGACAAUAAAGUACUGAAUAUAAUUUAAUAAAUUGUUAAUAAAAUGUAUCUUUGCUCUCGUUCAGUAUUCGGUCAUCUCUACCAUGUUCGCACUGGGAAAACAAUUGGAAUUCAAACAGAAAAUUUUAGAACCUUUUUUUAUUUUUUGUUAAUAUUUGUUAAUAGUCAGUUCAACUAUAAUUUAGGUUUGAAACAUUUUUUUUAAUUUUCAAUUUCCAUUUUUUUAAAUGAAUGAAAAAUAUGACUUAGCAAAGAUAUGUUAAAUUCGAUUAAAACAAAAAAAAAAGAUUCAAAUAGUUUUCUCAGUUCGAUUUAAAGUCUAAAUAUCUCUGAAUAAAAUUCGAAACCAUAUUGUUUAACAAUUAAAUUUUCAUCUAUUUUCAAUUUUUCAACUGCAGCAAAUUAUUGCGAGAAAUUGGAUGAACGCAUUUUCGAGAAACUUUAUCGAUUAUAUUGAUAUUUUAUCUAAUGUUAAUAAUUCGGUUAAAGUUAAAAGUCUCCGAUUGUUAGGAAAAGUAAUUAAAUUCUCUAAUCACAAUGUGAAUGCUCAAUUUCAAUUCGUUCAUCCAAGGGACAUUUUUUCGAAAACAAAAUAUUCCAUUUCUCCCAGUAAUUUGAAGAAAACAAAUAAUUAAAAAUCUUUCUUAUUAAAAUAAUAAAAAUAUGUGACUCUCCACUGUAAAAGGGGUAAAAAACAAAUUUUAGUUUUUACCUUCAUGGAAAUUUUUUUUAUUUUUAAAAUAAAAAAUAAUUUUUCUUCGAAUAUUUUGAAAGAAAUAGAAAUUAAUUUCUGAUUAUGAUAAUUGUAGGUACUGAUAUUUAGUCCUCUUUUUUUGUUAUAAACUUAAAAAUUAAAGAAAAUAAACAAAAAUUUAAAAAAAAUUUUUUUUAAAUUUUAAAACAUUUUUUUAAAAAUUUUUUAUUUUGAAUAAAUUUGCUUCGUUCACCGUAGAGCGUCACAUAUUGACACCGAAAUCCAUGGGGAGCAAAUUAUUUACUGAUCACAUUCUACGAAAAAAAAAAACACGUGUGUGUUUCUAAAUGAAUCUAGAAAAAAAAUUGUGAAUAAAAGUUGUAUGAAAGUUGUUUUUUUUACACAUUCGAACUAUUUUCAAACAAAAAUAUUAUAAAAAGAUAUUUUAUGGAAUGUCUGAAAGUUUCUUGAUAAAAAAAAAACGCAGCGCAAAUAAUUCAUCAUUUUUUAUAUAACUCUCACAAUAAUGUUUAAGGCGUCACUGAUAAGACUACUCGCAAAACUACGCUAGCAUAUAGUAAUUUAUUUUCAUGUCUUUUAAAAACAAAAAAUCAUCACGAUUAUUAUUAUUGAUAAUCGAUCAAUCUUACUGACACAUGAAUAUUUUUUGAAAUUUCGUUUGAUAUAUUUUUUAAGUUUACGUGAAGCUGAAACUGGCAUCCAGAUAAUUUUUGAAAAUUAAAUUUUAAAGUUAAAUAUAUUUAAAUAAUAAUUACUCAAAUUUAAUAAUAGUUAAUUACUUAAAUUUAAAAUAUUAAAUUUUUUUUUAAAGAUGAAACUUAUUUUUUUUUUAAUACCAACAUAAAAUUUUUUAAAUUAAAAGAAUGACAGUUUCAGUUUCAUUAAGUUUACCAUGACAAUUAAACAAGUAAAAAAAAUUAAAUUAAAUGAAUAAAAAAUACUUUGGAGAAUAAUUGAAGAAAAGUAAUUUUUAAAUAGAAAAAAUUUGAGUGUUUAAAUAUUAGAAUUGGUGUAUAUGUUUGUUAUACAUUACUGUUGCUGUUAUUUCUCAA